AUGCCACCUUCUGAUGGCGACAACUGCAACGCUGCAUCAAUGGAACGCCUCGUCGCAUACACGCGGCGGGCCGGAAUGGAGGCAGCAGCAGGAGCUAUCGAGGAUGGGGCUGUUCCCUGGCGGAAACUUCGCGAAUGUCAACGCGAUCUGAAGGCGGACAUUAUGGAUUGGCACAUGCAAAUAAACAAUGCCAACGCCUCCGUCUUAGAAAACACUACCACAUCUGCCGCUGGUUUCAUUUUUGGAAACCUGCGAAUGAAACCAAGCAGUGCAAACAAAUCCACCAACGCAUCCAACCGUACUACCCCCUACGACAAGGACAUCUACAAGUUGUACAGACGAAAAGUAUACAGGAGACAGGGCUACACUCGAGUACCUGCAAAAUUCCCGAAGCAGAUGCAUGGCUCCAACCCACUUUACGUUAGGUACUUACCCCGGUGA